ACUUGCCCGGCUGCUUCUUUUUUUUCCCCCCCCCUUCCUCCAGCCCUUGCAACCCGGCGCCUGUGCAUGUCUCUUCUCCUUUGCCGACUCUCCGCACACACCGGUCCCCUCAUUCGCCUGCCCUUGUCCAGGCUCCUUUCCACCAGCACCAUGUCCGACAUUUUGCCGGUCGAUCACAACCUCAAUGUCCAAUAUGAGGACUUCUUCUGCCCCGACAAGGUUGUCAAGUUCGGCCAGGUAACCGUGCGCGCUGUGAACAUCUUCUACCAGACUCCCCUGACUCUGGGCUUUCUGAAUGCCUAUCCCCUGCUGCCAUUUCACUCUUUGGUGAUUCCUCGCCGCGGCGUCAGGCUUCUCUGUGAGCUGACCCCGGAGGAGAUCUCGGAUCUGUUCAACUCGGUCAACAUCAUUGCCGAGGCGCUGAAGGUUGCCGAGCCGGCCAUGAACUCCUACUCCAUGACUGUGCAGGAUGGUCCCUUCUCCGGGCAGUCGAUUCAUCAUGUCCAUGCGCACAUUCUGCCCCGUAUGACGGAGGAAAUUCGCGAUGACAGCAUGUAUGUCCACCUGCAGCACAACAAUUGCGAGAUCCUACGCCAAUUGAAGGCCGAGGGCGGCGAAGUCGCCGCCAUGCUGGCAGGCAUGGAGGAAGAUCCGUCGCUCUCUCUGGAGGAAGCCGCCGGGCGAACUUCCUCCCUUGACAAGUACCGGCAGACCCCCUCCAUGGAGGAGAAGACCGCGCGGGCCCAGCGUCUGCGGACCUUCUUCCCCGAGCAGUGGCCGGAUCUGGCCUCGCGCUAGGCAUCCCAUUUGCAUCCAGGCCUCGGGCGGGCAUGUGCAUCCGGCCACACACCGAGCCCGUGUGCCGGUGCCCGACAACAGUCCGCGUGCACCCUUGCAUGGGAUGCGCCGCUCGCGCCGACCCCCCUCUCAGGCAUGCCUUCCUCAAGGACCGGCGCAUGUAUAUGCAGCCGAUGCAUUGUGACUGGGCCGUGUGGGACUCGGCGAGAUGGCAGCACUGGCGGGCACGUGUGCCCUGCCUUGUCGGCGUGCGACGUGUCUUCUUGCGUGUGCCUUCUUCUUUCCUCCCUCAACCACCGAAAGAGAAGCACUGAGGCUCACAGCACCCAGAAGGAGGAGCCCAUCAACACAGACCGCUAUCGCCGCCACUGCCACGUACAUCCGUUUGCCUUGAGCCGCGACUAUGAAUGCUCCUGCUGACCGUGGUGCCAGUGCGCCCGUACCCCGGCGUGCAGAGGCGCCCGCCCCCCCCCCCCC